AUGAUUGAAAGGUUUAUUGAUGUGUUUAUGGAUGACUUUUCUGUAUUUGGUGAUUCAUUUUCUAAGUGCUUGCACCACCUUGCUUUGGUGCUAAGGAGAUAUCAAGAAAUCAACCUCGUUCUAAACUGGGAAAAGUGCCAUUUCAUGGUCACUGAAGGGGUGGUUCUUGGUCACAAGAUCUCCAAAAGAGGCAUAGAGGUGGACAAAGCUAAGGUGGAAAUGAUUAAGAGAUUACCUCCACCUUGCAAUGUCAAAGCAAUUAGAAAUUUUACUGUUAGUGCUGUUUUAGGACAGAGGAGAGAUAAGCUAGUGCAUGUCAUAUACUAUGCUAGCAAAGUUAUUAAUGAAAAUCAAAGGAACUACACCACUACAGAGAAGGAACUCCUUGCUAUAGUCUUUGCAUUUGAUAAGUUUAGAUCACAUCUCAUUGGUUCUAAAGUCAUUGUGUUCACUGACCAUGCAGCUCUCAAGAUAGAAGUGGAGCAGAGAACAAGGUGGAUGACAAGAAUCCCACAAGAAGAAGAUGAAGCACACCACCUUGUAGUGAAUGAGAGUUUUCCUGAUGAGCAGUUGAUAAUGAUCCAAGAAACUCCUUGGUUUGCAGAUAUAGCCAAUUUCAAGGCUAUUGGAGAGCUACCCACCAACAUCAACAAACACAUGAGGAGAAUGCUAAUCAAUGAUGCUAAACACUAUAUUUGGGAUGAGCCUUAUUUGUUUAAAAGGUGUGCUGAUGGGAUCUUGAGAAGAUGCAUCUCCCAUGAGGAAGGACAAGAGGUCCUUUGGCAUUACCAUGGAUCCACAUAUGGAGGACAUUUUAGUGGAGAAAGAACUGUAGCCAAGGUGCUGCAGUGUGGGUUCUAUUGGCCAACAAUAUUCAAGGAUGCAAAAGAGUUUGUAACAAGGUGCAAUGAAUAUCAAAGAGCUGGUAACCUACCCAAGAAAAAUGAAAUGCCACAGAGAUUCAUCAUGGAGUUGGAGUUUUUUUAUGUUUGGGGGAUUGAUUUUAUGGGACCAUUCCCACCCUCAUACUCAAACAACUACAUAUUGGUGGCUGUGGAUUAUGUGUCAAAGUGGGAAGAGGCCAUAGCUACAUCAAUAAAUGAUAACAAAGUGGUGAUCAACUUCUUGAGGAAGAACAUAUUCAGCCAGUUUGGAGUUCCAAAAGCCCUUAUAAGUGAUGGGAAAACUCAUUUUUGCAACAAGCAACUUGAGACACUCCUCCUAAAAUAUGGUGUCAAGCACAAGGUAGCAACAGGGUUAAUUAGUUGA